AGCUCUCGGCGUCUCCCGAUCUUCCGUCUCUCCCGAACAAGAGGAACGGGCUCAAGGUAUAUGAUACCAAGAUGAGAAAACCUUCCAAGGGAUGCAAGGAGAGGGACGCGAAUUACCACCGGAAUGAUCACACAGAUGACCAUGGCGGCAAGCACUUCUUCAAGGUUUUGGUUGGUGAUUUCCACAAAAGAUUGGUCAUACCGGGUAAAUUUGCUAAACAUUUCGCAGACAAGGUAGAAGGAAGUAUUACGCUUGAAUCACUUGGUGGGUAUACUUUUGAUGUCCAAGUUGCAAAGGAUCUGGGCAGAGUAGUGCUUCAAUCCGCCGGGUGGAAGUCGUUUGUUAGUGCCCAUUACUUGAAAAAGAUGGACUUCUUGGUAUUCAAGUACGACGGGAUGUCUCGGAUGAAGGUUCUAAUAUUCGAUCCUAGUGGUUGCGAGAAAGUACCACCAAGUUUUGUCGCAGAAAAUGCUAGUAGUGGUGGAGUUAAGAGAGAAGCACCCAUUGGCCUUUCAGGCAGCUAUGCUCGUCUUCCCAUGAAAGCACCAGAAACUAAAAGGAAAUCAUGGAAGCAAAUGGACAGGAGUAGGAUCAUUAUGAAUGCAUCAAGCUCCCUGUCCAACUCAUCAGGAGGCAUGGCAUCUUCAGAAGAUGAUGAAGCACAUCCUGUUCCGAGUUACAUGCUCCCACAAGGCACCAGGCUUGAUAGAUUACAAAAGAAGAUUCUGAAAGAGCGACUCCGAGACAUUUGUUCUGAAAUCCCCAUCUAUGUGUGUGUCUUGAAGAAGACAAACAUUUCUGGACACUCUCAAGCCCUGGAAUUCUCCAUCAACUAUUCUGAUUUAUAUCUUCCAUUCAAGAGCAGAGAGUUGAUUCUUCGGUGCCAUGGCAAUAGCUGGGAAGUGCUGUUACGCGUUAAGCUUCCGGGAGCUCCACGCAAAUGCAAAAGGCUUUGCAAAGGGUGGGCACGGUUUGCAGGCGACAACAGUUUGCAGCUGGGAGAUAUCUGCCUCUUUGAGCCACUUGAUACCAAGAAUGGCACGAUGAAUGUGCAUAUCAUUCGCAGAGACUGAGAUUUGGGGAAUGCUUUCUGCUGCUGUUUCGACUAAUGCUGCAGUGGCAGUAGUGCUUUUGGUCUUGAUAAGAGUGGCUUAUGGUCAUGUCAGCCAUUGAUGCCAACUUUUGUAGUGGUGGUAUUAACGCUUAUAUGCUUGGCCUUGACAAGGUUCCAGCUUAGUCUGUUGAGUGGUGAUUGGUGAACAAUAUAAUCUAUGGUCUAUCCA